CCUGCAACCCUGAAACGAUUUUAGCCAAUCAAGUGGGCCUUGGCAAACUGUCAUGACAUUUGAAAGCACUUGUCAAUAUAUUCCGAAGGCACUUGGAGAACAUAUUCCAUUUAACGAUGUCGAAAAAAACCAAUUACAAGAUGCCCGAGCGCAAUUUGGAUCUACCUGCCGAUCUUGCGUUCGUUAACAAGCUGCUCAAGGACCUUGGGUUGGAGGCGGAACCGUCGGCACGUGGAGUCAUCCUGGACCUGGCUUACACUUUGGCUAGGGACAAACUGGUGGAGGCCCAACGCUUUGCCACGAUGGCCAACCGUUCCAACGUGAGUGUGGACGAUCUGAAGAUGGCGGAGCCGGAGCGGAACGUCCCGCUGGAAAGGAACCCGAAGGCGAGUACCGAGAAUCUGGAAAAGAAAAUGGCGCAGCCGGAGCAGACCGACCAGCAGGGGAGGCGCCCUAAGGCGAUCCCGCAGGCGGUUUCGAGCAAGGGACCAAUGCAGCCCACCUGGCGCGAUGAUCAGAUGGGCAAGAAGGCCGAUCUGAAGACCAAGGGCGCUGAGCAGGCCAAACCGAAGCCGAAUAUCCGAGCAACGCCAUCAAAACCGGUGGUGCCUCCUUUUACUCCAACUACUUCCGGAGCUGGUCCUCCAAAACAACGCACUCCCUCGUGCGCCAAAAUGCCAAAAAUUUAA